AUGAAUAUUUUUGGGAAUUCUGGAAUUAUUAUUUUAGGAAUAUCAGAAUGGAACUUUAAAUUUCAUUUACUUAGACUUCCUAAUUUAAUAUUAAAUAUAUUUUUUUUUAUGAGCAAAGUCACAUUUUCAACAAUUUUAGCAACCCUGAUUUUGGUUUUGGAUGUCUUUUUUAGCAAAUAUACAUAUGAAUUUAGUAAUAACAUAACUAAGUUUUUAUAAAAUAAAUUUGAAUAUGGUUAAGAGUAAGGAACAUUUGGUAUCAAUAUAAUAUAUUUAUAGAAUACUUUUUGCUGAUAUUCUCAACUGCAGGGGAUGCUAUAGUAACAAAUAUUCUUGCAAUUCUACUUUGGUUCAAAGCUACCAACAAAGAACAAGCUUUAAAGAUUUUUACAAUGAAUGCUUUGGCUUCAUCAAUGGGAAAUUUGGUUAAAAUGAUAGCUGCCUAACCAAGACCAUUCUAUAUUGAUGAUUAAAUAAAAUUGGAUUUUUGCUAUACUGGAUAUGGGGAUCCGAGUGGUCACUCUUUAAGGCCAUUCGUAUUUUAUGUUCUACUCUUAGAAACAAUCGUUUGCAAAAAGUAUAAGCCAGAUCAAAAAUAGCUAAUUGAUGAUAACGAAUUUUAUAAAGAUAAUUAAUCUUAACUGACGCAGAUGCAAUAGUCAAUCUCAUGGUAAAAUCCUUUAUUUCUAUAUUAGUAAUAUGAGAUUUAAGAUGCUGUAUCCAAAUUCGCCAAUAAGUUUUAAGCAAUGCUAAUUUUUUUUAGGAAUAUUUAUUUUUUUGAUCGGAAUUGGUCGUUUAUAUUUUGGAGUUCAUUUUCUAAAUUAAAUUAUCCUGGGAUGGGUCUUAGGAAUAUAUCUGUUAUACCUUUAUUAUUACUGUGGAUUAGAACAAUUGAUUCAUUCUCUUUACAUAGAGGCUAAAAGAAUUAAAGAUGAAAAGACAUGCACCAAGAUUGCUAAGUAUAUUAAUUUGGGUAUUAUGCUAUCCUUACUCUACUUGAUAACAUUGAUAAUAUGUUACUUUAGACAUUAUUCAUAGUAAUUAUUAGAUGAGAAGGAGGAAUGGAAGAAGUUUAUAAUCAGACAAGAUACCUGUCUUCAUAAGGGGCAUUAUAGUUACGAAAAGAAAUUCGAAACUUCAGAUGUUUAAUAUAUCUCAAUAAUCUUUUUCCCUUUAUAUCUAUUUAUUCUCUACGAGCAACCACCUGAACAACCUAAUAAAAGUCCAUUAAGAUUUUGGCUCUCCAGAAGCAACAUUAUAAAAUUAACAUUAUACUUCUUUUGUUAUUUAAUACAGGGGUAAUAGAGAUACAUACUUAAAUUGUUUGAGAAAGGGGUUCCUCGUCUAAUGGUUACAUUAAUCUUUGAGCACAUUUACUAUAUAAAUUACGCUCUCUUUUUGCUAAUAUUGAUACCAUUUAUCAAGGCAAUAGGAAAUGAUUUCAUAAGUAAAUUUAGGAAACCUACUAGAACAAUUUAAUUAGAAUAGUUUGAAAUUGAACUUUGA